GCAACGAAAAGUAAUUUGUACAAAAAACUAAAUUCAGGCUCAUUGCGAACAGCGCGUUGUUCGUGAUGUUUUGUCUGACCGCACAAUAUAUCGUCGGUCAUUGUUACUACCCGUUUUUUGUAACUAUUCCGGAUUGUAAUGCGCCGGUAAUGUGCCGCAUGCCCGUUUCGCAAUACCAUCCAUUUUAGUCGACAAAUUUAAACAUACAAAAUAGAGUUUAUAUGUUAAUCAGUAAAUACUUGCAGAUUAUAAUUAAUUGUGUUGUAGUCGUAAAAGAAAAGUGGAUUCUUUGCAGGAUAUGGGAGUAUUCAAGUGGUUACGUCGGGAACGUGUGACUGUGACCACUCGUCACAGCGUCAGCCCGACGUCCACAGUUCCAGAGGAACAGAAUGCACGAGACCCGCAAAUAAACGCCGUCCGCACUGAAGAGUACAAACGUGAUUUAGCGGAGUUCCAAGCCAGACGUUCUAUUGGGAACAGAGAUCUACAAGAAACUCCGGUUAAAGAAAAACGUUCACGACACUCUCUUCCGGUUUCGUGCACCGACUGUUCCGCAGAUCACGAUAACACCUUCAACUAUGAAAAAAAAUCCGCUAUCAAAUACAAAAAGAAACAAGAUCAGCGCAAUCGAAGUACAACACCAGAGAAAGUGUACGAAGGCGUUCCGAACAUACAAUUUUUGUUCCAGAACCAAGUGUUCAUGCCCGGGAAUAUGUUUCCGAACCCUUCGUAUUCUGAACCCCAUAAGACCCACCACCGCACCCGACGACACGUCUGUCGAUCUCCCGAUUUGGAUUUCGUUGCUCAGAAACACAUUGACUUCCACGAGGAUGAUCAGGUUGAUUCGCCACCUGAUUUCUACAAGAAUAGUUCCUUGCCUUUUGAAACGAAAGACUUUCUGGGAACUUCCAGAAUAUUCCACGAAGAGGUGGACGGCUUGAAUAAAGCGGGCGACGUGAAAUCCUUCAAUAAUUCGGAAUCCGAAAGUGUCAACAAAGAUGACAGCUGUGAAGAUAAGCUAUGGGAGGUAAUGAGCGAGUUGAAGAACUUUGAUCAAUGGGCGGAUGAGCAGUUGGUUAGGUCACCAAACACGACCAAAUCAGAUGACAGCAAGAGCGAUACGAGCGCUUUUGGUUUGCCAAUUGCGAGUGCCAGGAGUCUCGACAUGACAAUAGAUAAGGCUAAGACGUGGAAUAACGGCAAGUGGGGUGUAGUUCCGGUUCAGAUUAAGAAGUUGGUCGGUGUAACCGCUCAACAUGUUAGGAAGAAACGGAACACCGAGAUUAAUAUAUUACGAAAAUGUCGUCACCCGAACAUUAUCUUAUUGAUGGGCCUGUAUCCGGAUGCACAGAACAACAUUCACUUAAUCUGCGAACGAUGCGUCGAUACCUUAUAUGGAAUUAUUCACGAAAAGGGUCGCAUACUAAGCGCUCAGACGGCGGUGCAGUACGCACUGGACAUAUCGAAUGCUCUAGUUUUCUUGCGAAUGCAAGGUUUCAUACACACGGAACUGAACAGCGCGUGUGUAAUGAUAACGGAUCACGACACGGCCAAGCUGGUCGACGUGGGUCCCUGUACGAAGGCGCCGAGAACAUUACUCAAACGAAAGAAAGAAUAUGAGGUAUACAACCCCGAACCCCAGUAUGAGGCCAUCCAAGAUAGUGCCCGUGUAAAACCGAAUGACUGUGAAUCUCUCAUCUCCGAAAAUCAAUCUGAAUUAUACAGAUUAUCGAACUGCGUUGAAAAAUCAUAUAAAUCGUAUGAGACUUCGGAAUUUUACAACUGGCACGCUCCGGAAUUGUUUACACCUAACGACGCAGGGGUCGUGUACGUGUGCUCCAGAAGCGACGUUUAUUCGCUCUGUUUGAUUCUCUGGGAAUGUUGUAACGCAUUACGACCUUGGAAGGACUUGAGCCGCGAAAAGCUGAAGGAACAGUACACGUUGUGGAAGUCCGGCGUUAACUUACCUAAUGAUGGAACUUAUCCGGGUUGUCUGCUGGCGCUCCUACAGAGUGGCUUGAAAGUACAAAGGAACGAACGCAUCGACUUGGACACAUUGCAGAAAACUUUGCAAAACGUAAAGCGCGACCUGGAUGACUUGGGUUACUUUAUAAUACCGGCACGGCUUCCUCACAAAAAGGCUACAUUCAGCACUGCAGCUUGGGAAACCGCAUCACCUCCAGCUUCUGAAUGUCAGAGUCCAAAAAACGUAGAACAUAGAGCAGUUGUUCACGACCGCCAUGACAGUUCCACUGAGAGCAGCGAGAAAGAAUGCACGCGAAGCGAAGGCAGCCCCGUUUACGAAACCAUCAAAAAAGAUUACGAAGACCCAAUAUACUCGUACCCGGAAAAAAGUUUCAUAAACGACAAGAAGAUGUCUUUACAAUACGAUCGUUUGUCGGAAAAGGGAUUGUCUAGUGCGUGCUCGACGCCGAUCACUAAAAUACGAGCAAGAAUUAAAGACAUCGGGACCCCCGGAACUCUGCAUCGUAGCGAUUCCACAGAGUACUGUAGCAUAUUCAGUCCGAAUCGAACGGUCAAUUUUGAACUCAACAACAAUAUAAAUAGAGAUCAAAGCGUCGAGCGCCCUCUCUCUAAGCUAAGUAAGAGCUUCACGCCACAGUCGUACAAGCCCUUACACAUAAAAGUUCCAGAGUACAAUUUCGAUUCUAUUCGUCCUAUUUUGAAAGAGCCCACCGGCUCUGAGCGCCCGUCGUACAAUUUCGAUAUAAAAAACUACAGUUUGCCGACGACACCUAUAGCAAGGAGUACGAAGUUGAGAAGAAAUGCUUGGCUUUCUGGGGACUUUAAUAUUUCCGAUCGAUGUUUCGAGAAAUCAAAAGAGAACCUUCUAAAGUCAAUGGAUAAAGAAGUUCGCUCAGCACCUGAAACUCCAGCCACGUCUGUAUGUUCAAUGUCGGAGAAACCAUAUUUUUCUGAAAAAAGUAGUCCCGAAGAAGAUAAAAAUGAAAGGACUCCUGAGAGCGUGGAUACCAUUCGAGAUUGCUUUACGGGACUUAAACGAAUCGAACAUCCACACGACUUUGUGUCGUCGGAGACGGACGAGACGUGUCGAGAACGAGCAAAUUCAUGGUCAUUCAAAUCGUCUUCCGAACGCGGCCCGAAAUACAAAAUAGAGGAUGAUUUAUUGGCGAGAGUCAACGUCAAGCCGCUCGUCGCAAUACACGAGCGAUGGAUAUACGAGGCCAAUAGGAAGAACAGCCGUUCGAUGUCCUUACCAGAAGAUAAAAGGUGUCAAAUUCCGGCCGUCAAACCGGCGUCCCACUGCGUAGACACUCUGCAGAAGUCUCUGCCACAGCUGAAUCUGAAGAAGUCUGGUACUAAAAUAUAUAGGUCUUGUGCUGCCUCUCCCAAUAGUAAUACUAAAAACGAUGUUCAGUGGGAGCAAUUCUGUCAAGCGCGGGACGCGAUAUCCAAGAAUGUUUCUUUCCUGCAGAAGGAAUCUGAUCGAUCACUUGUACAAAGACGGGAUUCUAGUAAUACAUCCAUAGAAGAGAAAUAUGAAAGAAAGAUAGACCAGGCGACGGACACGAACGGCAUCGAGGAUUUUAUAAGGGACAUGAUCCGCAAGGAAUUCAAACACCUGCUCCACGAACUAUCCGACGACGCGUCCACUGCGUCAGCGAACCGACACGAAGACAUCCUCACCAAGGGCGUCAUUGAAUCUCUCAACGGCGCCGAAGACGACAAAACCACAAAAAGGGAACCGAUCAAAUCGUUUUCGCGAGUCAAAAUCAACGGGAACAAUAAACCGCUUCUACAGAUCACGUUCAGCCGCUCGGGCGAGAACAGUCUGCAGGUCCUGGACAACUGCGUCAACGUGACCGUCUGCGACACCGGCUCGCCCAGGGACGCGCCCGCCGACGACGUGCACCUCAACUCACUGAAGAGGUGUCAGGCUUUCAACGCUAUUCAGGAAGCAAGAAGUACAGAGGAUUUGUACAUAGACGACGAUCUAUCGACGCAGAUGCAGGAGAACUUCGGCGGACGGGUCAAGCUGAUCCCCCUACACGGGUCCUUGCACGAGAUCCUGUGCGAGAAAGAAGACGACUGCUGCCUGAUCAAAGUGAAGCAGGAAAACGGAUGCGACUCCAUAUACUUCCGCUGCGACAAUUCCGACACCGAGUCCAGGGACGCCAUUGACGGGACGCAAGACACGGUCGUCUUCAAGCGGAGCAUCUCCCUCAUAGAAGAACGAAUACAGAGGGUGCCCAAAGAGAAACGGGCGCCCACGCCGAUACUGCAAAGGAAAGCUAAACCGGACAAGGCACGACCCAAAUCGGAAAUAUUUAUUCCCAUCAAAAGGGAGUCUCGCGCCAUGAGCAACAGCAGUCCCUCGCUGUCGGCGCGAGAUGACAAGGACGAGGUUGAGGUCAACAUCGAGAACGCGAUGUGCUACCAGGACUCUUCGUCUGACGAGUGUCUCAAAUGUCAGGACAAUGACGACUUCGAAUUUCUCGAGCGAAAAAUCGAAGAGGACAUCGCCAACAACCUGUCGUCGCUCGCUUGCGGGUGCCUAGAGAAAAUAUCCGAAGAGAAUCUCUCCGUUUUUAACGAAGAUUUGGGUGAUAAGGAGUGAUCGUCCCCUUAAAAUUUACAAUCUUGGUGAAACGUGAAAUUAUUUAUUUAACAGUGUGAUCUGCAUCUUUUGUUUACAAUUUCUUAUUUAUUUUUUACUAAAUUUAGUUUUUAAACUGUAUCUUCGAAACAGUCGAACUUUGACUAACCUUGGAAACCAUUCACUUUCCAUCUUUAUUUAAUUUUCAAUAUUGAACACAUUUUUAUAACAUACGUCACAAGCGAUUUGAACACUAUUCUCGUAAGAAAUUAACAAAAACAUAAGUAUUAUGUAUUCCGUCCAAAUGUUCAAUUAAUUUUAGAGUACAUAGUAAUUGUUUUUUUUUUUAAAUAAGAACGAGAUAAAAUUUUCUUAUUACAUUAUAUAAAGUCCGUUAUUAAGUGAACCCAAAGACUAUAUUCGUUUUCCGUUCGUUUUUUAAGUUUUAAUUAUUUUAGUGACUAGAGUACAAGGCUACGUGAUUUUAGAUUAAGUGGCGCGAUCAUUCCACUGUUGUGAUUUUAAUAACUUAAUUAAAUGUCGUUUAGAGACUCGGCGGAAAGCCAAGCCUUAUUAAAAAAUUGUUACAUAAAGUUUAUUGAAAUAAUGAACAGCCCCACCAUUGCCUUCAAUUGUAAAACUCUGUUUUUCAAUAAUUGCAUUCAUUUGCUAAUAAGUAAAUAAAUACUAGCUGAGCUGCAUAAAAAAGACCAAAGUUUAUUAAAAAUGGUAGUUUAUAGAUUAUAACUAUAUUAUCGAAUUUCAUUAAUUUGAUAUGUUGAUUUUAAAAGCGUUGUAUUUUUAUUAGUUUAUAUUAUCGAAGAAUUGCACUUUUAUAGUUUUAUUUUCUUGGUUAAACGUGUAAUUGAUUUUAGA